UUUGCUGUUCGAAUUCGCAGACAGCAGACGUUGAGCUCAAACAGUAUCAAUGGCGGCGAAGCCACAACAGAAGAAGAGCAGCGGCUCGAUGAAGAGGAAGACUAACCCUAACCAAAAAUCGGAGGGACCGGUUUCAAAUUUCAAGAAACCUAAAUUAUCUUCGAAUCCGAAAAAGUCCAAGUUUAACCCGACCAACGCUCAAAAUAAAGUCGGGAAGCAGCCAUCAAAUUUGCCGAAAAAGGAAUACCAGAAACCUAAUGGUGAGAAAGGUGAAGUGGAGGACUCCAAGAAACUAGCUCGUUUGCGUUCAAAGGAGUUGGCUCAAGCAAGGAAAAAGAUCAGGAAGAAGCAUUACACACUGGAACAAGAGCUUGCUUUGCUUUGGGAGAAGAUGAGACGCCGUAAUAUUUCAAAAGAAGAUAGGUCAAGGUUGGUAAGUGAAGCCGUCAAGAAGAUGCAAGGGAAGAUUUCUGAAAUCGCAAGGUCUCACAUUGCAUCGCGUGUUCUUCAGACCUGUGUUAAACAUUGUACACAAGAUGAAAGAAAUGCUGUGUUCACGGAGCUUCGGCCACAUUUUAUUUCUCUUGCAAGCAAUACUUACGCAGUUCGUCUUGUUACUAAGUUGUUAGAUCUAGCAUCCAAGGAACAAUUGGCAGAAUUUAUAUCGUCUCUCCAUGGUCAUGUUGCUUCUCUUCUUCGGCAAAUGGUUGGCUCUCUAGUUAUCGAACAUGCAUAUUGCCUUGGAAAUGCAAGUCAGAAGCAAACUCUUCUUAUGGAACUAUAUUCGCCAGAACUUCAGCUAUUCAAGGAUUUGGUUACGAUGAAAGAGAACAGAUUAGAAGAUAUCAUUUCAAAGCUGCAGUUACAGAAGUCGUCAGUUGCGCGUCACAUGACAUCUGUGCUUCAACCUAUUCUGGAGAAAGGGAUCUUAGACCAUUCAAUUGUCCACAGAGCAUUACUGGAAUACUUGGCCAUUGCAGAUAAGUUUUCUGCCGCAGAUGUUAUUCAACAGUUGUCAGGUCCAUCUUUCGUUCGGAUUAUUGCAACUAAGGAUGGAUCCAGGCUUGGUAUGCUCUGUAUCAGACAUGGGAGUGCAAAGGAUCGGAAGAAAAUUAUCAAAGGGAUGAAAGGCAAUGUUGGAAAAAUAGCUAUUGACAAAUUCGGGAGUAUGGUACUUGUCUGCAUACUUUCAGUUGUUGAUGACACGAAACUUGUGUCGAAGAUAAUCAUUCGUGAGCUUGAAAAACAACUGAAGGAGCUUAUAUUAGAUCAGAAUACACGGCGCCCUUUUAUGCAGCUUCUUCAUCCGGAUUGUACCCGAUACUUCAAUAAGGAUGACUUGGCUUCACUGAAUCUAUCUAUUCCAUCCCUAAAAGCUAAUGGCGAAACAGAUGAUAAGGAAGCUGUUGAAGCGGACAAGGAAGAAGAUGGUGAUGGAAAUAUACAGCUGAAUGAGGGUGGUAAGAAGGAUUCUUUUAAGCGGAGGCAGGAGUUGCUGGUCGACAGUGGACUUGCUGAGAAACUCAUCGAUACAUGUUCUGAGAUGGCGGAAGUUCUACUAAAAUCGAAAUAUGGGAGAGAGGUCAUGUAUGAGGUUGCUACUGGAGGCAGCGAUGGAAUACUCCAUCCAACUUUGGAUGAAAAGUUGCUCGAGCUGUAUGAAGCUAUAGCAUCUAUUGCUUCUCAACCUAAGGUCGAAGCAGAAGAGCAUAUUUUGGAACAGUUCCAUUCGAGCCGGACCAUCAGGAAACUCGUUCUCGACUGCCCUUCAUUCGCUACCACACUAUGGGAAAAAGCUUUGAAAGGAAACUGUGCAGUCUGGGCCAAAGGUCACAGUUCAAAGGUGAUCAAUGCCUACUUGGAAACCUCAAACUCAGCGGUGAAGAAGUUGGCAGAGAAGGAGCUGAGGCCCUUGAUAAAGAGUGGUGACCUAAGUUUACUGAAGCCCAACGAGUCAGCUAAAGACGAGUAGUUCAAUAGAUGAAUAGAGGAAUAUGCAUUCCUUUUGAGGUUUCGUCUCUAGGUCGUCUUCUGUUCCGUUUAACGAGUUCUCCGGUUUUACUGUGCCUGCAGAAGAUGAAAAUUUUUGUAGCUCUGAUCUUGAUCUGACUAUGAAGCAAAACAGUUGUGUCAUGUUUUAUUCAAACUCUUAAAAAUGUCAUCUCUCUCUCUCUCUGUAUGAAAUUAUGUGAAUUGUGAAAGAAAUGUAUUAUUAUUCAAUAA